AUGACACCUACAGACACUGAGAUCAUCCCAGGCGAGGACUGCGUCCUUCGUCACAGAAAGGAUGCGCAACGCGCCCCCACUCGCAAGCGCAUUAUUAUUUGCUGCGACGGCACCUGGCAAUCUGCUGUGUCUGGCAAGAAGAACGUCCCGUCGAAUGUUACCCGUCUGUGUCGGUCGCUAAACCACACUGGCACAGAUGAGCAUGGCAAUCAGUGGCAGCAGGUUGUCUGGUAUGACUCUGGAGUCGGAACUAGCCCUGGUUUGGUGGAAGAUGUUGUUGAGGGUGCAUUUGGUGAAGGUGUUGAGCAAAACGUCAUUGAGGCAUACAACUUCUGUGUUUUAAACUAUCAUCCCGGCGACGAGAUUAUGUGCUUUGGUUUCUCGCGCGGCGCGUAUACGGCUCGCACCAUCGCAGGAUUGAUCUCAGAUGUUGGUAUCUGUCAUAAAUCUGAGCUGAAUAGCUUUCCAGAUCUAUGGCGCCAAUACAAAAAGGUUAAGAAGGGGAAGCGCUUCGAUCGAAGUGAUCUAUGGUUCGAUUGGAUGUUCGGAAAAGCCGAUGAAAAUCAAGGUGCUGGCACUGAGGGCAACCGAGAGUUUCGCUAUGAACAUGCCCCGCAGGGUGACUGGGCACAGGAAGGAUCGAGGGAGGUAAAAGUUGUGGGAGUAUUUGACACAGUGGGCUCCAUCGGCAUGCCGCAGGUACUUGGGUUUAAGCUACCAUCUACGGGUAAGGAUGGCUGGCAUAAUGUUGGAUUGUCACCAAAUAUUAGACACGCCUUCCAAGCCUUGGCCUUAGACGAACACCGCCAAUCAUUUACUCCUUCGGUCUGGUACCUACCGAACAAAGCCUGUACGCGAGAGGAUGUGGAGGCCAGGAAAAAGGAAGAAGCAGAAGCCGAAAAACGAUACUCGGAGGUCCUACAAGAGGCAAUCAAUCUCAAGAAAGGUGGCCAGGCAACCGACGCUCAAGUGAACGCUGCCGCAAAAACUGUCAACCAAGUCGCCAGAGCGUGGAACAAAGUAACUCGACGACGAAUGAAAUCUGAGGAAAGAUUCAAAACUCAGUCCGAGCUGAAACAAGUGUGGUUCCCUGGUUACCACGUUAACAUUGGCGGAGGAGACAUGGGUACCUUGGAUAAUGUCGGUGACAUGGAGGAGAUGUCUAAUAUUACCUACUCAUGGAUGUUGGAUCAGAUCAAGAAUCACCUCUCCGUUGAUGAGCGCUUCGUUAUUCAGGCUAUGAAAGCACGCGAAGAAUACCUUCAAACGCUGAACAAGAAAUACGAGCACUGGGAAGCCUCUGUCAACACCUUGAAGAGGGAUUCAUUCAGGCAAUGGGUGUCCAACGCUAUUGAAACCAUCAUGCACCCCACAAAAAUGCUGGAUCCUCCAGAGUACAAGGGUAUCCGACGCUAUGGCUGGGGAGAAGGCAUUCUGAUCAACAGCUAUAGUCUUUUCUAUCAUCUGAAUGGGAAAAAAUGGCGUACCCGGGACAGUACGGCACAAGGAAUGACAAUGCAUAUCCAUCCUGUCGUGAACUACAGGGUGGAGCGAAUGAAGACACUCCACAAACAGGACAGCAAACAGCACUCCUUGUACAAGCCUCUUGCUCCUAAUUCGGAAUACAAACGCUGGAAGGAGCUAGAUGAUCAAGGAAACGUCAUUCAUAAGUACAAAUUUGGGAACUCGUCCAAGGCUGUACCGGAGUGGAAGCUCGGUGUACAGGACUCUUAUGAGCGACUUGCAAUUGCAGGAUUACCUGCUUACGACUAUGUGGAUGCUUUGGACGACGAGCUGAACAGUGGAUUCCGAACUGAGCGUUUUGACUUCGAUUCUUACUGCAAAACGGAAUAUGGCCUAAAGCCUUCCAUUAUCAAGAAGCUUCGUGACUCGGAUACUCAGGCCUCACACGAUGAAAAUGAGGGCUGGGGUGCGCAAUCCCAAUCGACAGUCUUUGACCCUAUUGUUCAACCUGAGGAUUCAAAGGCAGCCGAUUCGUCAAAGCAGCCCCUUGCAGACAAAAGCGCUCCCUUGGAAGGUCUGAAGCAAAAUGACCCACAGCGAUUGUGCUUGAGCACCGUACAUUGA